GCGCAGCUGUUCAAGUUCCUGGCGUACCGGACCUUGCUGGCGCGCGAAGUGAUGGCGCCGUUCCUGACGGGGCCCGAGCGCGCCACAGGCUUCGACUACAGCCCGUCGUUGCUCUUCGUGUACUCUGCGCAGCAAGACGUGGCCGCGCUGUUCGACCCAGCUGACCAGAGCCCCACCGCGCACGCGGCCGCUUGGAAGGCCAUGCUGGCCGCCGGGAAGUCCGACGAUGGGUCCGCCAUUGACCAGGCCGUCCUCAGGACCCAGAUGGUCACGCUCAUGCGCGACCGCGAGGAGGCGAUGGAGGCCAAAGUAAAGGAGGCAGAUGCUGCGGUUGCCCGCGAUGCAGCUGCCGAGGGGGAGGCCGUGCAGGCGUUGCGGCGCACCAAGCUCGAAGCCAUGAAGUCUCUGCCCGAGAUUCGGUCGAUGUGGGCUGGCACGUGCACAAUUCCGCCGAUUGAGAUUGCCAACCUUGCGAUGAAGGUCUCGCCCCACUUGCUCGAGCUGGCCUUCCAGGGCAAGACGCCCGCAGAUCUGGUUCCCGACACGGGUAGUGCUUCCAUCACGGCAGAUCCGUUCACUGUGGGACCCGCUGCGCUGUACGUGGCGAAGAACGACGCCAUCCCCGUGACCGAGCUGGUGUUGAAUUUCGUCGGCAAG